AUGUGUUCCAGAAUGCUAUAUACGAUCCUUCCAUCGCCCUACUCUGACGAAAAUCUCAAUGAUGUCCUCGAGGAUUUGUCUUCAGAUUUGCUGAGUCUUUAUCGAGAAUGGUGGGAUGUGAAGGAUGCCGUGAAGAACAUUGCUCCAAACCAUGAUCCUGGGGAUGUCUUUAAGCCAGGGUGGGUCAGUCCUCUCCGGAACCUCCCAACAGCCGAUGACCCAAAGUACAUUAGGAUUGACCCUGCUCAUACAUAUGCAAUUGAUGGGAUUGGAAAGUCCUACUUAGCAAGCAGCAUCAUUUUGCUGAUGCACAUGGGGUGGUUUGGCAAUGGACCCAUUGACGAUAAGUUCAAGAACGCCUUCUCCCGGUUCAUGGCUUACUGUGAAGCUCAUGGAAAGAAUACAUCGAUCACUGAGUUCAGCCACAAGGUCUUUAAACUUCCCCAGAACUCGUUGAAUGGAUACCCAGCUGGUCUUGGAAAAGGCCACGACGCUGCGGUGGUGUCUGCCUGGUUGGAUGAAGAACUCUGCUCAGCCCCCGCGACCUUUGCAGGCCCCCAAUUCAACGAGCUGCUGGAAGUUCUUCGAUGGAGCUCAAACGGAAUCAACAGGUUUUGGAGACUCCAGUACAAUGCUGGGCUUUGGGUGACGCGUGCUGACACAGAGUUGUUGGUGCGCGAUUGUUUCAUCUUUUGUGAUGAAUACAGUACUUUGGCAACUUUGUGUGCGAGGGCUGGGUACCCGCUUUUCAAAAUCAGACCAAAGCUGCACAUGAUGUGCCACCUUGGGUUGGAUCUGAAACAUGCUCUACUUCAAUACCCAGAUGCCCAAUGGUUUCUUAGCAUCAGCACCUACAUGACUUGGAGCGACGAAGACUUCAUUGGAAGAAUAUCGAGAAUAUCAAGAAGAACCUCCCCAUUAACAGCUGCCGAUCGAACGAUUACCAGGGCCCUUGCUUUGUACAGGAGACAAUGGAUUGCUACCUUUGGAAGGGCAUAUGCCAAUGUAGACUAA